AUGCCCUGCUCACGAGUUUCGAUACUAGGAGUGAGUGCGAUUGCGGGGCUUUUCUGGGCUUUGCUUCUGGCGGGAGCAGAUGGCCAAGUAACAGAUCCUACAGAAGUCAGAGCAUUGCAGGCUAUAAAGCUAAAUUUGAUUGAUCCAAAUGGGAUUCUCAGUGGCUGGAGUAGAGGAGACCCAUGUGUUUCAAAUUGGAGAGGAGUCCUGUGCUUUGAUAGACAAGUCGCUAAUGGCUAUCAUCAUGUCAGAGAAUUGCAUUUACUUAACCUGAACCUGUCAGGAAGCUUAUCAGCUGAGGUUGGCCGUCUAGCUUACUUAAGGAUACUCGAUGUCAUGUGGAAUGCAAUUGGUGGGUCAAUACCCAAAGAGAUAGGGAAUAUGACCAACUUAGAAAUGCUGCUCCUAAGUGGUAAUCAAUUCACUGGUUCCUUGCCUGAAGAGAUUGGUUACCUUGAAAACUUGGAAAGGAUACAAAUUGACCAGAACCAGAUAUCUGGACAGUUACCUAAAUCAUUUUCAAACUUGAAGGUGGCAAAGCACCUCCACAUGAAUAACAACUCACUUAGCGGUCAAAUCCCACCUGAGCUAUCUAGAGUUCCGAGUCUUGUUCACCUGUUACUGGAUAAUAACAAUUUGUCAGGGUAUCUACCACCGGAUUUCUCCUUGCUUCCAAAUUUGCUUAUACUUCAAGUUGAUAACAAUAAUUUCAGUGGGACUUCAAUACCCGGUACUUACAAGAACCUCUCCCAUGUAUUGAAAAUGAGUUUCCGGAACUGCAGCCUGCAAGGACCGAUCCCAGACCUGAGCAACAUGGUUAACCUUUUAUAUAUAGAUUUCAGCUUUAAUGGGCUAAGUGGAUUUAUGCCCCAAAGUAAUAUCUCUGGGAAUAUCACAACUAUCGAUCUAUCACACAAUGAUCUUUCUGGAACUAUUCCUAUGAACUUGUCAGGUCUACCUUAUUUGCAAAGAUUGUCACUUGCAAACAAUUUGUAUAAUGGUUCUGUACCAUCAAUUAUUUGGCCAAAUACGACUAUGACUGGCAAUGAAGCACUUACAAUAGAUCUGCAGAAUAACAGGUUUUUAAAUGUCUCCAGCAGACUUAUUCUCCCUUCAAAUGUCACGAUGAGGCUUAAAGGAAAUCCUAUGUGCGCAAAUGUUACCUUAACCAAGUUCUGUGGAACUGAAGACGAAGAUGCUGGGAAUAUCGUUAACUCAACAAACUCCAGUUUUUGCCCUCCUCAAGCUUGCCCAGCCCCUUAUGAAUUUGCACCAGCAUCUCCUGUUCCUUGCUUGUGUGCUUUACCUCUCUAUGUUGGUUAUCGUUUGAAGAGUCCAGGUUUCCAAGAUUUCCGGCCCUAUAUCCAUCAGUUUGUGCUGCAUCUAACCUCUGUUUUGCAACUAGAACUUUAUCAGCUUUAUAUCAAUUCAACUGCAUGGGAAGAGGGCCCUCGACUGAGGAUGUACUUGAAGAUUUUUCCAGUAUAUGAUAAUAUUUACUUGAACCUGUUCAGUAAGAGUGAAGUUCUUCGAAUUCAGACAAUGUUCACAUCAUGGGAGAUUCCCGAUGCUGAUAUUUUUGGUCCUUCGGAACUUCUAAACUUUACUAUUCCGGAACCUUAUGAUGACGUAAUUUCUCCUUCAGCUUCUGGUUUAAGCAAGGCUGCCAUAGGCGGCAUUGUUUCAGGGGCCAUUGCUGCUGCAGCUAUACUAUGUGCUUGUAUGCUGUGGCUUAUCUUGAGAUUCCGCAAGAGGAAACAUCAUGCAGUUUCAAAAGGACAUAACUUGUCAAAGAUCUCGGUCAAAAUUGAUGGUGUGAAAAAAUUUUCUUACAAAGAAAUGGCUCUUGCAACCAACAACUUUGAUAGCUCUAGCCAAGUUGGACAAGGAGGGUAUGGAAAAGUCUUUAAAGGCAUUCUAGCUGAUGGAAAUAUUGUUGCCAUUAAGCGUGCUCAAGUGGGUUCAAUGCAAGGUGAAAAGGAGUUCCUUACAGAAAUAGAACUCCUAUCAAGAUUACAUCAUAGAAACUUGGUUUCUCUGAUUGGAUACUGCGAUGAAGAAGGUGAACAGAUGUUGGUUUACGAAUUCUUGUCUGAUGGUACCUUGAGGGAUCACCUGUCUGGCAAGUCUAAGGAGCCUCUUAGUUUCACUAUGAGGUUGAGAAUUGCGUUAGGUUCAGCUAAGGGAAUCCUCUACCUACAUACAGAAGCUAAUCCUCCUAUAUUUCAUCGAGAUAUCAAGGCAACAAACAUACUAUUAGACUCUGGCUUUACAGCUAAGGUUGCCGAUUUUGGACUCUCACGGCUUGCUCCAAUUCCUGAUCUUGAAGGAACUGCUCCUGCUUAUGUAUCUACUGUUGUUAAGGGGACUCCGGGUUACCUUGAUCCAGACUAUUUCCUGACUCGUAAGCUUACUGAUAAAAGUGAUGUUUAUAGCCUGGGUGUGGUAUUUCUGGAGCUGUUGACAGGAAUGCCACCAAUUGUACAGGGCAAAAACAUUGUCCGUGAGGUGAAGGAUGCCUAUAGUUCGGGUAGGAUGAUUUCGGUCAUUGAUAAGCAUAUAGGAUCUCAUCUCCCUGACUGUGUAGAGAAGUUCAUGACUCUAGCUCUCAAGUGCUGUGAAGAAGAGACAGGGGCCCGACCUUCAAUGGCAGAAGUGGUGAGAGAGCUUGAAGACAUUUGGCUACUAAUGCCAGAGCCUGAAGCUAAACUAGCAGAAUCCUCUGCCACUAGCCCUGGAGGAUAUGCAAUUUUAUCUUCAUCCGCUGCAACGAGAAAUCCUCACACUUCCUCUGAUGAUUCCCUUGGCAGAGACCCUGGCAGUGAAGUAAUCUCCACCCUCACACCUAGAUGAUCAUUGACCUUGUAUUUAUAUAUUGCCCUCACCCUCCAUGUAGGGAACUCAUUUCUUUGGUAUAUGAGCAGGCAUCUGAGUGCAGUUCUUUGUGUUUUUCAUGCUAAACUUUGGCACAAUGAAUCAAAGCUCAUUGUAUUAUAACUAGUUGAUGCAUAGAUUGAGACGAAAGAAAUCAUGGCCUUGUAUGAUAGUUCAUGCGGAGGAUGUUAUUUGCAAAUUAGCUGCAUGUAUGUGAUUCUCUUUUUAAGUAAUACAAAAACCAUGGUUGUAUUAA